AUGCCCCCAGAUCAUUCAAAUACAAAUAAACAGCGUGGAAAAUACACCACUAGAGCGUGUGAAGAAUGCCGCCGUCGUCGCGCCAAAUGCGACGGCAAAAAGCCAUCCUGCUCUAGAUGCCUUCAAGGGGGGGUCUCAUGUCAAUAUUCAGUUGUAGAGGAUGGUAGGAGGCCAGCGUCGAAGACAUAUGUCCUUUCGCUACGGCAGAGGAUCGAGUCGUUGGAGCUGCUCCUGGAGCGGCAUGGUAUUGACCCGCGUGAACGGGAACAGCCAAUUUCCAGAAAGACUUUGGACGCUGCGGCAAACGCGAAGAAAGGGGGUGAUGAUACUGCGAUAGAUGAACUUGCUGAAGGUGUCAAAGGCAAACUCGCACUCGACGAGUCGCUUAAUUUCGAUAAAGACGGCGAAUUGCGGUAUUUUGGACCGACAAGCGGAAGGCUCGAAUUUCAGGGUUCUUCUGAUGCUCGUGAUACUUCUGAACACGGCAAGAUCUCUGGAAUAACAUGUCUUGAUCCUAUCAUUACUGGCCUGGAUGACGUUGGAUUCUCAAGACCCAUACAAGAGCACCUGAUCAGUCUGUAUUUCAAAUGGGAGCAGCCAUGGUUUGCAGUCGUCGACGAAGACCUCUUUCGUCAGAGCAUGUAUCGUUGCGGACGAUAUUGGAGCUCACUGCUACACGUUGCCAUUCUUGCUGUUGGUUCGCGGUAUUCAGACCGCAUGGACAUCCGAUCAGAUCCAGAUGAUCCCAACACAGCAGGAAAAUUCUUCCUUGAACAGGCAAAGCGCCGUCUUCAUGAUGAAAUGGAGAAGCCUAGUCUGACGACUAUUCAAGCGCUAGCUAUUAUCGGCAUAUUCUAUGUCGCAAUUGGUGCUGACGCCGCAUGUUGGCUGUAUCUUGGGAUGGCGGAUCGAUUAUGUCUUGAUAUGGGGCUGAAUUUGGAUCCGGCUGGGUUUGAAGAGACGAAUAUGAUGUCGCACCGAGAAAUCCAGCUGAGAAGACAGAUUUAUUGGACGUUAUACUGUCAUGAUAAGUGGGCUUCUAGCUAUACGGGAAGGAUUUGCUCUAUGCUGGAUUCGCAAGGAGCCGUCAAAAUGCCCGAUGACGACGAAGUAUCCGAUACAGACAGUCUGGGCCGAAAAGCAUUCAGACCACUGCAAAGAGCGAUGGUUAGCAUAUGCCGGAUACAAGAAAGGAUUAUGCUCUCACUAUGGGCCCCCAAACCCCUCCUGAAAGAGAACCAACGUCCAGAAUUCCUGGAAUCCUGCCUGCUAGACCUGAGAACAUGGUUCUACGAUCUUCCCACGGAACUCAGAGUCGACCGUCCAAAUGAGAUCCCCCAGGCAUACACCCUCCACAUGGUUUACCACACAGCAAGAAUCCUCCUCGCAAAACCGUUUAUCAUGAGAGUAAAUUCACAUCCGAGCAAGAAUCAGACAUAUCACAAGACGGCCGACCUAGCGCUCCGGAUAUGCCGCGAAUCAGCUCGCGCGAUCUGUGUGGUAGCUCAGAGAUACCGACAAGUCUUCGGCGGUUUCCGCCUCAGUCCUAUUUCAGCGACACAUUGCACGUUAUCAGCGGCUUUAGUUUUGCUUGAUGAAACCGAAAACCUGAAUCUGCCCUCGCACAAGAACAAAAUAAGCCUUUGCCUGACUGUCCUCGACGAACUCGCCAAUACAUGGCAUCCUGCCCGACUCAUUGGACAUAAUCUUCGGAAACUCUGUCGCUCGGCAAUUCCGAACGAAAUACUUUCUCCCGCAGGAGGAGAAAGCAAUAUUCAGCGUGAUGGCAAUGAGCCCGAGUUCCCACUAGAUCUAGAUCUAGGAUCCGAACUGCCAGAUAUCAGUUUCGAUGGCAUCGAACCAGAUCAGCAUGUGAAUUUCGGAAGCGCACUGGCUAGUCAGUUCGAGCUUUCGGUGCCUAUGGAAUCCCUUCCAAUUGAUUAUGGGUUCUUUGAUAUUCUGAACCAGUCCAAUUGGGACCAAGCGUGGUAA